UGCAAUGUGCGUGAGAGGCAGAGCCAGACCAUCCUCCUGUCCAACCCGAGCAGCGAGGCCUGGACCCUGCAGCCCAUCAUUGAGGGGAAAUACUGGAAAGGGCCUGAAUUUAUCCAUCUGGAGGCCAGGCAAAAAGAAAAGGUCUACCAGGUCACCUACAGACCCCUAACCAUGAGCUCUGAGAACAAGAAGCACCAGGGCUCCAUCUUCUUCCCCCUGCCGGACGGGACAGGCUUACGCUACCACCUGGAAGGAACUGCUGAAGCCCCCAGGUGUUCAGGGGCCAUUUCCCGGCAGGUUCCAUGCAGGAAGUGCCACAUGGAGCUCAUCCCUGUGUCCAACUGGCUGCACAGACCACAGAGGUUCCUGGUGAUUAUUGACAUGCUCAAACCAGAGAACCUGGAAAGCAGUUCUGUGCUGCAGGGGUGUUCCUACAUGGACGUGCCAAGCUCUGCGAAGAAGGACUACCAGCUCACCUUCCUCUCCUACAAAGAAGGAGUCUUCAGGGCAAAGGUGACCUUCCUCAAUGAGACAACCGGAGAGUACUUGUUCCACAUGGUGACUUUCAAGGUGGUGGCUUCAGGACCCAUGGGCACUGUUCAAAUGAGCACCGCUGUUCGGCAGAGAGUGUCCUCCAGCGUCAAGGUGGACAACCCUCUGCCUGUCCCGGUGACGUUUGACAUCAACUGCAAAGUGCCCGACAUCAGCGUUCCCCAGCACUUUACUGUCCCUGCACAGUCGAAGGCGGAUCUUGUCUUGGAGUAUCAGCCCCUGCAAACGGGUGAAAGCAGCGGGCAGCUGGUGCUCCAGAGCAGCGACUUGGGCUCUCUGUUUUACACCCUGCAGCUGAAAGCCACCUGGAGCAGGCCAGAGAAGCCCGUGUAUUUCCGCACCAGGCUGGGCUCCCGUCAGACCAUCACCACCAAAAUACGGCAUUUUGCCCAGCAGAAGACCGAGUACCUCGUACAGAUUCUGCAGCAGGUGGUGCAUGGGUGCAGUGAGAGCAUGCUAGGGACAAUGGCACUGCCAGCUUGCCAGUUCAUGGAAGAACCCGGAAUGGCAGUGCAGAGGCAUUAAUCUAAACAU